AUGAACGUCUCGGCUUUCAGCCAAGUAUCAUCUAGAAUGUCAACGGCGCAGUUGUCACCUUCCACACCCCAAGUAUUUUCGUCGACAGGUCGCUGGCGGCAACUUGUGACGUCACGAGACCGUUCGUCAGCGACAAGGCAAACACCAGUUGGUCGAGGACAACCUAGCACUCCGGGAUCCCAAGUUCGACGUGUUCAUGCCGAGACUCCUCAUGAACAGAUGGAAAGACCUGCUGUACUCUACAAGAUGAAGCGCCAACGCUUUAAGACCCGGUGGACUUUUAUUCGUCUCGUUCCGAAACCACAGUUCGAGGGCAUGCUGAAAAAGAAGCUAACAUCUAAAGAAGCCGCGUUUGCUUAUUGCAAAAAAUGCACAGCUCGUGUAAAUUACAGUCAUGGCUCCACUAAUGCGGUCAAGGCGCACAUGGAAAAAUUCCACAUGGAUCAUCUUGUCAAGUGGAAGGAAGACGCUGCCCGAGAAUCCGCAGCGAAACGAAGGCUGGAAAAUGCUUACUCAGAUGCACCUGGCACGAAACGGCGAGUGGUAGUCCCGGUCACCAAAGCAGAGCAAGCCCAGGUGAACAAAUUACUUGCUAACCUGGGUGGAGUGAGUGCAGCAUUGCCUGGAACGACUCAGCUCCGAGCUGACAUCAGCAUCCUAGCCUCUGAGCUGCGAGCUACGUUGAAAAGUCUCAUCCAUUCUCACUGCCUAUAUUUCUGUGUGACCACGGAUGUGUGGACAAGUCGAAGGGCGCAGAGUUUUAUGGCGUUGACGAUUCAUUACCUGGAGGAAGACUUUACGGUAUCCAGUUGGACUCUUGAAGUUGAGCCAUUUCCUGGGCGACACACGGGAGUCGCAAUUGCUAAAGGACUCGAGAAAAUAAUGGAUCGAUGGGAACUUCGACCUGAAAAUUGCGUCAUGCUUGUUCGAGAUGGAGCUGCCAAUGCUGUGUGUGCUAGUGAAAUUCUCGACAUGCGAAGCAUGUCAUGCAUUGCGCAUUCAUUGCACUUGGUAGUUGGAGGUGCUCUUCUUAAGCAAAAGAAAAAAGCUGGGGCUGGUAGUUCUACACCACAAGCUCAAAAUCCCACCGCCGAUCUCGAUCCUCGGUUUGCUUCCGCACCCGAUGCUCCAGUGGCCAAAGUUGAAGGAGUAUCUGAAGAAAAUCAGCCAGCAGGCACAGAAGCACCCGAGUGGCUUCAAGAUGAGGCCCUACAAGAGGUCGACACGUUUCUUUCACAAGCACUUCCGACAGACUCCAAUACCGCUAGGUCAGCCCUUACUGAAGUUCGUAAAAUCGUACAGCGUUUCCGCGACUUGGCUGUUUACUUCCACAAGUCAUCGAAAGGAACCCAUCGGCUUGAUGAAAUCCAGAAAAAAUGGUUGAAGCAGAAGCCACUUCAAGUGAUCACCGAUUGCCCAACCAGGUGGAACUCAUGCCGCGAUAUGUUGACACGAAUGGUUGAGCUGGAGCCUGCUUUGGACCACUUCUUCAGCCGCUUAUUGAAUGACAAAGGCAAGAAAGAGUUUCCGGAUCUCAGUUCUGAGAAGAGGCCAAAACCCUCCGAGUGGUUCACAGCGAAGUGUUUACUUGUACUGCUGAAUCCGAUUGCAACCGUCACCACAAUACUAGAGGGGGAAAAUUAUCCGACACUAGCACUGACGUUUCCGAUGCUGAGGAUUAUUAAGGCAAAGCUGAGUAGGCCUGGAAUCUUCGACGACGCCGCUGCGUUAAUCGGCGAGCAAGAGUAUCGUGACCGCGUGGUCGAACACAUGCUCAAGGUUCGCGCUGCGAUUCUUCAACUUUUCAUAGCGAGAUUUUCUUCUUUGGACACGAAUCUCCUGUGGAUAACAUACUUGGACCCAAGGUUUCACAAAAUGAAGCUUCUUCAAACUUCUGAAGUGCGCUUGGCAAAACGAUGCCUGAUUGAUGCUGCAGUUACUGUCGUGGAAGAGCAAGCUGGACAACAGUCAACCAGUUCAUCCGGCGCUCCUGUCGCCGCCCCACUUCGAUCACCAAGUGAUAGCACAGCUGAUGUCUGGGAUGAUGUCCUCGGUGACGACCACUGUGGCGACGUUCGCGAUGCGUCUUCAGGCUUCCAACGGACUCGAACAAGAUGCAAGACAGAGUUCGAGCAAUAUCUUGACGACGCGAAGUCGGUGGAAAGAAAGCAGAAUCCGCUAAAGUGGUGGUCUGUUAAUCGCCGAAAGUAUCCAGUACUGAGCCCUCUCGCACGGAAGUGGCUCGGGUGUGUUGCCACCUCCGUUCCGUCAGAGCGAGCAUUCUCGACCGCUGGCAACACGGUGACUACUAAGCGCAGUCAACUCGAUCCAAGUCUUGCGCGCGAUCUCGUUUUCAUCGCAGAAAACCAGCGAGACUUAGUGUUUUUCAAGAAGAUCCAAGAGCACCCACCAAUGGACGGAAGAUCGCUGGCACGUGAGUUGCUGCGCGCACGAGUUAGCGAGCUCAUGGACAUGAAGAACAAGCUGGAGCAGAUUGGCACGAACCUAGAGAGCAUACUUAAACUGCAGAUAGAGCUACUGUCUCGGAUCGAAGAAGAAGAGGAAAACAGUUACGCCUUGGCUUCUGACGUGGACAGCGCAAACAUGUUUCCAGACCUAUCUUUUGGAGUGUUGUUGGAGCUGGCAGUGCACAAACUGAAUGGGAAUACAUGUAUUUGA